AUGGCAGCACACAAAGAUGUCGCUUUCUCCAGGGUCGGCAUGCUCGGAGUCGGCAGCAUGGGCUCCAUGACGACGCUGCUCAUGGUCGAGGAGGGGUGCCACAUCUUCUUCUUCGAUCCCAGCGAAGAAAAUAUAAAGACACUUGACAAGCAGGAGCACGAGCUUCAGCUGCACGAAAAGAUCACCCGGUGCAAUAGCUACAGCGAGGUCUGCGAGAAGAUUAACGACGAGGGGAAGCCUCGCGUGUUUAUCCUAAGCACGCUGCACGGCGGGCCCGCCGACAAGUGCGUCAACAGCGUGCAGCCGCCGCUCGAAAAGGGGGAUAUUAUCAUCGACCGCGGCAAUGAGCACUGGACGAACACGGAGCGGAGGCAGGCCAAACUUGAUGCGUUCGGAGGCCCUGGAGAAAGUGAUUCCAUUCUGAGGACGAUUGCAGCACAGGACAAGAACAGGAAGCCGUGCACUGUCGAGGUUGAACCAGGCGGUAACGGACACUACGUCAAGAUGGUUGUUGCUGAGGUCAGGAUGCUCUUCACCAACGGCCUUGGUCUCCCGGAAGACGACGUCUCACAGACCUUCAAGAAGUGGAAUGCUGAAGGCCCCUUGCACGAUUGCUUUUUAGUUGCAAUCGGCGUCGAGAUCGAGCAGUUCAAGGGCAAGGAAGGGCAGUACGUGCUCGCAUCCGUGCGAGACAAGGUUGCCCAGGAUGUGGACGAGGAAGAAGGAAUAGGCACAUGA